AUGGUCUGGCAAAAUCUGAUCCCGCAACUUAUUGAGCUUUGGACUGGUGAUUUUAACGAUCUGGAUGCUGGUCUUGAAGACUAUCAUUUGAGGCUUAAUGCGUGGAACGCUUUCUGUGACGCUUGUGUCCCAUCAAAACGUACUAUGCCUGGUUCCUUUGGCUGCCCCGUCCCCAACCCGCGCAAGCCGUCACAUUUCAUUGCAGAGUCCUGGAACAUACUCACAACACAAAUGGCUCCUUUGCUUCUGUAUAAGCGGUUCUCUGACAAACGAAUAUAUUAUCAGUUUGACAAGAAUCAACUGCAGACCUGUCCAGUCAACAUUCAUUACCUCCUCCACGUCGCCAAUUCCAUUGAGUACAUGGGUCCAAUAUGGUGCUAUUGGGCUUUUCCAAUGGAGCAAUUCUGCAGCUUUGUCGUUAACUUGGUCAAAAGCCAACAAUAUCCAUAUGCCAACAUUGACAAGCGCACACCAUUCACGGGCCAAAAGCAAGCUGAGGAAUCUGACGGCGCAACACUUGUCCGUGGCUACCCCCUUGCGCUCUUAUUAAGCCCACACUCAACCCUCCUUCCCGUCGACCAACAUCUAAGACAACAAAUCGUGCGCUAUCUCACAACUUCAUUCAAGAUACUGUCCGACGUAGCCAAGGAGCUUAUUCCUGACAAGCUGGAGCAGUGGGGACGUCUUUGGAUUGGGAACGGGGGCAAUGAGGUUCAUGCACGUGGGUAUCACAAGCUGCGUUCCGACGGAAGGGAUGCAGCAUUUGUUUGCUACAAGCUUAUGGUAGACCAGGACGCCAACCUAGUCUUGGCAAACAAACGCCUCAAAGAGGAAAGUCAAUAUGGCAAACUCCGGCAUGUAUUUGUUGUGACAAUCCCGCCAAAAACCCCCAACAUCAACCCAAGCCGCAAGAAGAAUCAAUACCUAUUGCUUGCACAAAUAUACAAAGCACCGGUCAAGAGCAACAAAAUAGAAGGCAAGAAGCUCAUCUGGUACAAGGGUAAAUUGGGUACGGGUGAGGUUGUCAACGUUUCAACUAUCCAGUGUGCGGUCGGACGCAUAAAGGAUGUAUCUGCUUAUAUUACAUGGGUCGUCGUCUUGGCUGUCAAGGCCAAGAGCAAAGGCCAGAGUGUCUGGACCAUGGAGAUCAGAGAUCUUAGUACUGCUGCCUCUGGCCCUACGGCUGAUGAGGCUAACAAUGCCGCCUCGAACAACGAAGAUAAGACGGCCCAGCCGGAUCACUACCAACAGCCGCAACAAAAUUACCAAUCAGCUCAACAAUACCCUCAUGGAGUACCAGAAGUGUAA